CUAAGCAGUGAAAUAAAUGUCAAAAUAAGAAACCUUUUUUAGAUUAUAGGGUCGUUACUUUUAUUCCGAAUCUAAUAGCAACCACAACGAAUAAAUUGAAACCAAAACUAAACCAGAAAAGUCGGCAGUUAUCAAUUAAAAUGCAUCCAUUUAGUAAUGGUAACUAUACCAACAUGAACAACCCCUAUACGGUGGACUACAUAAGGAGCCUUAAUCUCGAUAAAAAUAUAGAUAUACAGGCUUGGACUACCAAUCCGCCGUAUGCUCCUUUCUUUGGGUCCAUGGGAGUGGCUUUUGCCAUGGUGUUCACAUCGAUUGGAGCUGCAUAUGGAACCGCAGUCUCUGGAUCCGGAAUCGCUGCAACGGCCGUAAUGCGUCCGGAAUUGGUCAUGAAGUCAAUUAUUCCAGUGGUUAUGGCCGGCAUAGUGGCCAUUUACGGAUUGGUGGUUUCUGUUUUGCUGUCAGGAGAACUGGAUACAGCUAGGACAUAUUCAUUGGCCAAGGGAUACGUCCAUCUUGGGUCUGGAAUGGCUGUUGGAUUUUCGGGGCUGGCUGCCGGAUACGCCGUAGGGGAAGUAGGCGAGGUUGGCGUGCGCCACAUUGCCCAGCAGCCCCGUCUCUUCAUUGGAAUGAUACUUGUCCUCAUUUUCGCCGAGGUCCUGGGACUUUAUGGACUAAUUAUUGGAAUAUAUCUUUACACAGUAGAUGUAAAAUAAAUCUAAAAGAUUAUACUACUUU